AUGGUUGCUGGCUUUGCACCCAAGCGCGCGAGCAACAACACGCUGAGGCCCGUCACCAUCCGCCAGCUCAUCAACGCCGAGCAGCCGCACCCUGACGCCGACUUUAUCGUCGACGGCGCCGAGCUCGGCCAGCUCACGUUUGUGGCAGUUGUGCGCAACAUCUCGCGCAACGCCACCAACAUCGCCUACAGCGUCGAGGACGGUACCGGCCAGAUGGAAGUGCGCCAGUGGCUGGACAGCUCCAGUGACGACACGCAAAAGGCUGCCGAGAUCCGUCAAAACGUGUAUGUGCGGGUGUUGGGUACGCUCAAGUCGUUCCAGGGCCGUCGAUCUCUCUCGGCAGGUCACAUGCGCGCUGUGGUGGACUACAACGAGGUGCUCUUCCAUCGGCUCGAGGCGAUUCACUCGCACCUGCAGAUCACGCGCGGCACCCACGGUGCCCCCGGCACACAAGCCGAUGCUGGCCAAGGCCUGAUCCGCGGCCAGCCCAACGACAUUGGCGCCUACUCGGGCUCCAACGCGCAGAACGUGCUCGACCAGUACAAGAGCUUAGACGAGCUCCCGCGCCGCAUCAUGGGCAUUGUAACUCAGGAGGCCGAGAACCACCACGAUGGCGUCCACGUCAAUCACAUCGCUCGUAUCCUCAAGAACGUUGACGUCUCCCAGGUCAAGAGCGCAGUGGAGGACCUCAGCUCAGAGGGAUACCUCUACACCGCCGCUGACGACGACCACGUCCUUCCCACCGCAUGA